AUGGGCGGGAAUGUGGCCGUGAUGGACAUUCAGGACAAGCCAGUCGAUGAGAAAGAGUGGAACAGCCUCAGCCAGAAAUUUGGCGCAAAACAAGUCUACAUACAGACAGACGUCACGAAACAGGACAGUCUGAACGCUUCGUUUGCCAGAGCUGUCCAAGAGCUGGGCUCUAUUGAUGGAUUGGUACCUGCGGCAGGCAUUGCCAUUGACAAGCCGUUCAUUGAGCAGACGUGGGAGGAGUUUACCAGGAUACAGGAGAUCAAUGUCAGGGGGACGUUUUUCGCGGCUCAACUGGCUACAAAGCAAUUUUUGUCGCAAGGGAAAGGCGGCAGCAUCGUCCUCAUCGCCUCGCAGUCAAGCCACAUUGCGCUCCCCGGCUAUCGCAUGGCAGCAUAUAACGCCAGCAAGGGUGGCAUACUGAUGCUAUCUAAAGCGCUGGCCGUUGAGCUUGCCCCACAUAACAUCCGUGUGAACACUAUCUCCCCCGGCUUCGUGGAUAGUGAAAUGACGAGGAACGUGCGGGAUAUGAAGAGCAAGAGAGAAGGUGACCAGAUGUGGUUGGCUCCCCCACUGCAGAGGCUCAGCACGCAGAAUGAUCUCACGGGGGCGGUGGUAUAUCUGCUGAGCGAUGCGAGUAGGCACACGACGGCAGCGGACAUUCAGAUCACUGGCGGAUUGCACGCUGGAACCAUCGACGGGGUCAUAAGCUACGAGUAG